AUGACGAUCUGUACUUAUAACGCACGUACGCUUGCAUCGAAAGCGGCCAUCGAAGAUCUUAUGAUGCAAGCCAAGAAGAUCAAGUGCGACGUCAUCGGACUGACCGAGACGAGACGACGUCACCCUCUCAACGCCGUAUAUGGAACUGGAGAAGAACUGUUCUUAAGAACAUGCGACAGUAGAGGUGUUGGUGGAGUUGGCGUCCUCGUCAACACGAGUAUGGCAAAGAACAUCGACUCUUGA